AUGGUAUAUCUCAAAAUCCUGUCCAUAUUCAUUCCAUUAUCUGAACAAGCAAAGUUUGAUGAUGGGGAAGGAAAUAAAAGUGAUUCAGAUAAUUCAGCUUCAGCAUAUGAAUAUCCACUAAAAGUGGUUCCAUCAGCAGUUGACGAUUAUGAGGACAAAAGCUCAUCAGAUGGGGAUCAUAUGGAAGGCCAUGAAAAGCACAUGAGAGUACAUAGAAAUGAGAAACCAUACACCUGUGAGGUUUGUAGCAAAGCAUUCUCUGACAGAAGUAAUCUAAUGAAACACAUAAGAAUACAUACCCAGGAGAGGCCAUAUAGUUCAUUAAAAGAGGCACAGCCUUUUUCACCAUCUAGAGGAGAUUAUGCCAACUUGGAAAAUGAGGGAAAUGGAAAGGUUGAAGUUACUGGUGACAUUGUUGAAAAACAAGAUCCUGAUAUCAUUGAUACUGCAUAUGGAACUGCUCAUCCAAAGUAG